AUGAUAAUAACAAAGAUCGUUGUCGAGAAAUUCGACAGAAAUGUCAACUUCGGCAUAUGGCAGCUCAAGAUGAAGGUCAUUUUGAUUCAAGAUGGAGUUGAUUUGGCAUUACAGGGAGUUAAGAACAUUCUAGAUGAUAUGUCAAAGGAAAAUCUUGCAGCUUGGUUAGCAACGCACGCAAGAGUCAUCGGUCUCGAUCUAUUGGGAAAAGGCCUCGAAGGGGUUCUCUCACCGUCCGUGUCUGGUUUGGACAAGCUUAGUUUCCUCAACCUCUCCCUCAGUUCUUUCCGAGGCCCCAUCCCACCCGAGCUGUUCCACCUGAAGCUCUUGGCGGUGAUCGACUUGAGCAACAAUCACUUGUUAGGCGAGAUGCCACCGGGUAUAGGAAACCUCUCAAGCCUGUCCCUAUUGGAUAUCUCCAACAACAGGUUCACCGGGAUGAUCCCUGAUGUCUUUCACGGCUUGACAAAGCUCGAGGUUUUCUCGGCUGAGUCUAUUGGAUUCGUUGGCCGGCUGCCCACUUCCUUGUCCUCAUUGCACGGGCUCAUCCCGGAGAGCCUUUCUUCUUGCAAGGCACUACAGAUCCUGAAUCUGAAUCGCAACAACCUAAGUGGUCUGGUUCCACAGAAGCUUCGCAAUCUUCGUUCCCUUUCCUUCCUUGCCCUCGAGCAAAAUAAUCUCUCCAACAUUUCCAACGCAUUGGCAGUUCUUCAGGGGUGUCACAACUUGACCGUUAAAAAUGAAGAAAUGCCAACUAAUGGAAUCCGAGGAUUUGGAAGCCUACGUGCUCUCAGCAUGGCAAACUGUGGUUUUAGAGGUUCUAUGCCCUUGUGGUUACGAAAAUGCAGAGAACUUCGAGCUAUAAAUCUAGCAUGGAAUCUUUUUAGCGGAGAGAUACCAUCGUGGUUUGAAGGUUUUGAUCAUCUGUUUGAUGAUGUUUCUUCUUUGGAACCGCCAUUGUAUUACUGGCACAGGGGUAAGCAGAUUAACGAGACACUAUUUUACAAGCACGACACGGAUUUUCCACCAAUGCUAAACUUCAGCCAUAACAAAUUGAAUGGAUCAAUAUGUAAAGAAUUUGGGAAAUUGAAGUAUCUUCAUCACCUGGAUCUAAGUUGGAACAACUUCUCCGGUUCUAUUCCUGAAGAACUGUCAAACAUGAUCAACAUAGAGAAGUUGGACUUAUCUUUCAACAAUUUAUCAGGUAGCAUUCCGUCUUCUCUGACUAGGCUUACUUUUCUGUCUUUCUUCAGUGUUGCCUACAAUCAUUUGCAAGGACUGAUCCCAAGUGGAGGUCAGUUCUUGAGCUUUCCCUGUUCGAGCUUUGAAGGAAAUCCUGGACUCUACAGUAAUCCGAAACGCUUGUGCAACUCAACCUUGAAUACAACUGACCACAAGGAAGGUGAUGAUAACGAUGAAGAUAAAUUCGUUUUCUUGGGAUUGCCAUUUGCAAUUGGAUUGGUGGUGAACUUUUCGCCUACAGUUUUCCUCGUAAUGUGUUGCUUGGACGACAACUACAAUUAUGAUCGAGGAGAAAACUGA